AAGCAGGGUGAUAUUUAAGUACGAGACAGAAGAGCUGGGAGACGCAGUCUGAAGUGGCAGAAGACGCUUAAAGAGACUUGCAGAGUUCAAGUAAAAAGAAAGAACGAAAGAAUGAAAAUGAACUUGGCUAAAGUAAGCAGAUUCCUGGCUGCCAGCUUCCUCCUCCUCGCUCUCCUCGAAGAUACCACCGAGGCCUGCUCCUGUGCCCCCCGGCACCCCCAGACGGCAUUCUGCUCCGCUGAUAUUGUGCUCAGGGCCAAAUUUGUGGCUAUCAACAAGAUGGAGGGGAACGUCUCAGAAAGAAGGUGGAUGUACCAUGAGAUCAAAACCACCAAGCUCUACAAAGGUCCUGAGGAGAUGCAAGAUGUCCGCUAUGUCCACACUCCACCCAUUGAUGGCGCAUGUGGAUACUUCCAUGGUGGACCACUCAAAGAAGAAUAUCUCAUUACAGGGAGACUGAAAGGCGACGAAGUCCUGAUCACAAUCUGUGAUUUCAUCAGACCAUGGGCUGAGAUAACUCUUGCACAGAAGCGAGGCUUUACCUCAGAGUACAGCAAGGGCUGCUCCUGCUCAAUUGUGAGCUGCCAUUCAGAAUGCUCCAUUACCUCUGAUAAUCAGUGUCUGUGGACGGAUUUACUCAGAUCCCAGAAUCAGAGUUAUUUCCAAGACAAACACUUGGCCUGUCUACCCCGAGUUGAAAAAAAUGGCAUGUGUACCUGGAAAUCCCUGGGUACCCAAAGGUCUGGAUCCUUUCGUAAGAGGCGGCUGACACAGUGAUAUCUUCAUGAACUCUCAUGGAGCUAGUGCUCCAUGCCUCUAACCCCUCCCCACUCUUCUCUCUGUGUUGACUCUUAUUAAAUAAAUGGUGGUUCCAAACCCA